AUGGAGAUUGUUCUGAGUUCUGCAAAAAGAGGCUAUGGCUUAAAAGAGCUGCUCAGUGACAACCGAGACGAGUUUUGGAGCACGGACGACUCUCUUCCACACUCUAUUACAAUAUCAUUCCUCAGGAAGACCUAUGUCCACUCCCUAGGCUUUAUUUUAUCCUACGCUCUUGACGAGUCCUACACUCCUGAAAAUCUCAUAAUUCACUUCAACAAACAGGCUAUAAAGCAAUGCUUUAGUGAGCCAGAAGGCGAGAAGACUGUAUUAAUUGACAGUUUUGUCUUUGAUAUCCAUAUUGUAAUAAUAGGCAACCAUUCAGACGGCAAGGAUUCACAUGUACGAGGAUUGAAUGUCAAAACAAGCCCCACCGAAGAGAUAAGGUACAAUAUUAAAUAA